AUGGCAAACAAUUCAUUCGUGCUACCUCGACCAGGGACAGUCAAGUCCAACGAGCCACCAAUUCAAGCACCAUCUGAAGCCGACUACGGCGCAACGUUCGGUAACCUGCUACCAUCAGCACGGUAUCUGCAGACUCCAAACGGCAAAGUCGCAUAUUACGAGCUGUCACCCUUGUCUCCUACACCAACAGACCUUAAAACGACAAUCUCCCGCGUACUUUUUGUGCACGGCGUUCAAACCCCCGCAAUCGGUUUGCUACCAUUAGCAAGUGCGCUAUCUUCGCGUUUCCCGUAUGCGCAAUGUGUACUGGUUGACCUGUGGGGCCACGGGCUCACUGAAACACCAAUUGCAGCGCACGAAGCAACACUCUUUCAUUCAUUACUCGAGGCUGUGAUGGUGGAUCUUGGGUGGGAAACUGCCCAUUUUGUUGGUUACUCUUUUGGUGGGUCCACCACAGCUACUUUCGCGGCUGCGUACCCACACCGCGUCGCCUCUAUGGUGCUGGUCGCACCCGCGGGUCUACUGCGCUCAACGCAGUUUGAUGAGUUGCAGAGGAGCUAUUUGCGUGGUGGUCAGGGAUUAGAGGACGAGGCGCGCUCGUGGAUUUUGGAAUUCCUCGGAGGACAACUGGUCGUUCCUUCUGAUUGGAAGGAGAGAUUUGGUCGAGGCGAAGUGGUUGCAGAAGCAGUCCGAGACUGGCAGAUGAAGCAGCAUCAAGGCCAUGCGGCAAGUGUAGUUGGUAUUUUCAGAGAUGGUGGGUGUUUAGAUAAACAUGCUGAAUUUGCCGAAGCGGCAACAAAGGGCAUUGAAGGUCUAUGUAUCUUAGGAGAGUUGGACGACGUGUGCAGUGUACAGGAUUUGCACGAUGUUGGCAUGCGGAAUGUUUCUGUUGUUCCGCAGGUGGGACAUGGUGUUGUGAGGCAAAAAGUGCCAGAGGUAGCCCGACUCAUCGAGGAUUUCUGGCAGAAGCUCGAGUAG